AUGGGCACUGCUAUAUCGAGCUUAGCGCCCGUAGAACACUACAACACCCCCAAGUCUUUAAAACCAAGCAUUUCCUUAGAGGAAAGGCUCCUAGGUAUCCUGCAUUACUCUACGAGCGAUAAUUUAGCUGUUUCCCACCUAUCCUCACCACCUCUUCCAGCACCACCAUGCCUCCUCGCAGAAACAACAACAAUAACAACAACGCAAAUGCGACCCCCAUACCUAUCCUACCAAUUCACAACCAGAACCUCCCAGUCGCCCGCCAACAAGCACCUUUUCAUCGGCGACAUAGACACAGGCGUGCUGUACCUUGGUUCAGACGCGGCGAGGAUGUCUGGCGCUCUCGCCUAG